GAUAGACGAUUGUAGGUAUAAAGGUCAGCGCCUUCAUCCCCCUUCCCCAACUACUGCCACAAACUCACUCUUCCAUCAUGCCCAGUGUCAGCGAUUCUAAGUGCAUCCUCGUCAUUGGAUCCACUGCAGGAAUAGGUCGUGCCCUUGCCCUUGCGAUCUUGGAUCUCCCCUCUAAGCCCACCGUCAUCGUCUGCGGUCGCCGCAAGGAAAGGCUCGACGAACUGGUUGCUUCCCAUAAUGCCACCGGACGCCUCAAGAGUGUUACUCUCGACGUUCUUGCAGAGCGCAACGCUCUCAAGUCUUCCAUCGAGGAGAUCGUCAACACUUACCCAGAUCUUGACGCUGUCUUGUUCUCGAACGGCAUUCAACGUGCUUUCGACUUCACAAAGCCAGAAACCGUUGAUCUCGACUCUCUCGAGUGUGAACUCGCCACCAAUUAUACUUCAAUUGUCAGGAUGAUCACUUUCGUCCUCCCUCACCUGAUCAAGCUUGGGGAGCAAGGCCGUCCGACAUUCCUGUACGCAGUUUCCUCAGGAUUGUCUAUUGUUCCCGCUGCUGGGGUUGCUGGUUACUGCGCGACGAAAGCUGCCAUCCACAGCUUGAGUAUCUCACUCGCUGUUCAGCUCAAGGAGAAGAAUGUUCACGUGGUCGAGAUUCUUCCUCCACUCGUCGAGUCGGAGUUGCAUGACUUCCAAGGCACAACGCAACGGCUGUCCAAUUUCUGGCUUUCGCUCGAAGAAUAUACGAAAGUGACGAUGGAGGGCCUUGUUCGAGGCGACCCGUGUGUUCCAGCUGGGGGGGUUAUCGAAGAGUACAAAAAGUUCGAGGAAGGAAAGUUGGAGGCUGCAACGCAGAUGUAUGGGCAAUUCAAGACAAUGACCCAGGCGUAGAGAACAAAUUGGCACAGGUUUUUCUUCGGUAGUUGAACUCGGAAGUAAUGUAUGAUAUCGACCGUUGAUUUUCUCCUUGAAUAUUGGAUCAAAUU